UUGACAGGUUUAUUUGACGUUAUGUUAAAAUUGAGGUUAUAAAAACAUGAAAUUGUAAAUAUUUGCGUUAGAGUUUAUUUUUUGUCGUAAAAAUGUAUCAUAUUGUUGCAUUUGUUGAAGAUUUACAUGAAUACUUAACAGGAUGCAGGUUUGUCAAGGGUAACAUAAUUCGUAAACAUUCAAAAAAACUUGACCGUUUGGGAGAUGUAAGCUUUCCUUUGAGUAUAAAAAAUUGGUCACAAAAUAUUAUCGAUAAGUCUCCAAUUAAUUUAUGUACGAUAUUUGACUAUUUAUCACCAGGACAAGACCUAAAUAAGCAGAUCGAUUUAUUGAUAACACAAAGCCAAAAUUGGGCUUUAACAAUAGAAGAAUGCAAAAUAGUAAAUAACACUGAUGUUCAUUUAUAUUUAAAAAGGUCUGAGGCGAUAGAUUUAUGCAUAAAAAAGGUCUUGAGAGAGAACGAAAAUUAUGGCAUGCUACACAAAUACUUUACCAAAAAAAUUACUAUUUCCCUUGAUGAAACACUAGAAUUCGAUGUUACUAAAAUGAAUUUAACCGAACUGCGUGCCUUUAUUACCCACAACGUUGCAUCAAACAUUCUUGAGUGUUUAUGUGGAAAUACUGUUGAAAAUGAUUGUAACAUUAAAAUCACAUUGAACUCAAAUCAAAAGCAAAAUUGCACUUUGGUUUGUGGCUCAGUUUUAAAUGAAAAUGGUUUCAAAGAUACAAGAACAAGAGCUUCUGAACUUUACAGAAAGCGAGCUUUGGAUUUGCAACUAAUGGCCCAACAUAAAUAUGGGAUUCAGGUGAAACCAUCAUGGGGUGAUUAUUUCGAAAAGUUGGGAAAAUCGUCAGUUGUGAUUGAAAUGUUGCAAAAUAGGUUACACAAAGCGAUAAAAAUUACGCUAAACAAUUUGCAAGCGACAAAUAAAGGUCCAUCAUUUAUUUUUUACAAUUGUGCAAGACUGUCUUCAUUGUUGAAGCAGUUCGAUGAGCGAGUGGCAAAUAAAUUAUAUCCUGAAUUACCUCUCUUGGAAAAAAUCGAUUUCUCCUUGCUUAACCAACCUGAAGAAUGGGAAAUCGUCUAUGUUUAUAUUUUACAAUUUCCAACUGUUGUUAUUAGCACAGUGUGUGAUAUUAAAUCAAGUUCAAUAAAUCUUCAUAAUUUGAUAAUUUUUUUGUCAAAUUUAUCGUCCAUCUUUAGCGUGUAUUACAGGAGGGUAAAAAUACUCAUUAAUGCCAAGGAACACCUUCUUCCCACGUUAUUUGCGAGAAUUUAUUUAUUAAAAGCAGUUCAACAAGUAUUUCACACUGCUUUAAAACUGUUAAACAUUGAACCAGUUAAAGAAAUGUAAAAAAACAGUUUUGUUUUUCUACUUUGUUAAUAAAUUGUUUAA